AUUGAAGUGGGGUUCAAAGUUCAUUUCACCAUCCUCGUGUUGACACUGUAGAGGAGCUGUCUGAUCGUGUAAACUUUUACUUUAAACGGAGUAAUGUCGUACACGUGCAUUAGUUGCCGUGUGCAGUUCUCUGAUGGCGAGGUCCAGCGGGCACAUUAUAAGACAGACUGGCACCGCUACAAUCUGAAGAGAAAAGUGGCCGACAUGCCGCCAGUCACGGCGGAAAACUUCCAGGAGCGUGUGCUGGCCCAACGGGCCGCGACGGAGCAGGAGAGCCAGGGCGGCGGGCACGGCUCUGCCUACUGUGCCACCUGCAACAAGAAGUUCUCCAGUGAUAAUGCCUACACGAAUCACAUGCAGUCCAACAAACACCAGCAGGCAGAAAGGAAAGCCCUUGCCGCUGCCCAGGAGAUCGUUCAGCGAAUGAAUGAGAAGAAUCUGGAGAAAGGGGCGGAGCUAGAUAAAGACGCACAGAAUGAAGCUCUUCAGAAAGUACUCAAAGAGCAACAGAGACACACCACUCCUAAAGCCCCUCCAGCCGAGGGACAGGUCAGGCAGCGGCCGGACAAACCACCACGACUGCAGUGGUUCGAGCAGCAAGCCAAGAAGAUCGCAGCGGAGGAGUGCGAGGAAGAGGAGCAGGAGGAAGAGGAGGAAUGGGAAGAUGUUGGUGAUGAAGAUGAUGAAGAUAUGGAUGAUGAAGAAGAAGAAGAGGAGAUGGAAGAGGACUCUGCGUCCGGGCCGGCUCUGCCCCCUGAUGCGAUCCCAGUGACGAACUGUCUGUUCUGUGGACACCACUCGCGCUCACUGUCCCGAAAUGUUGCACACAUGACCAAAACACACAGCUUCUUCAUCUCAGAUAUUGAAUAUCUGGUGGACCUGAGAGGAUUUAUUUCGUACCUGGGGGAGAAGGUCGGUGUUGGAAAGGUGUGCUUAUGGUGUAAUGAAAAAGGGAAGUCGUUUUACUCUACAGAGGCGGUGCAGGCACACAUGAUCGACAAAAGUCACUGUAAACUUUUCACAGAUGGAGACUCUGCGCUCGAGUUCGCAGACUUUUACGACUUCAGGAGUAGUUAUCCCGAUGCUAAAGAUGGAGAUGAUGUGGAGAUGAAGGAUGGAGAGCUGCCUGAUGAUAAGACUGUAGAGUUUGAUGACGAUACGUUGGAGCUAACUUUGCCUUCAGGUGCUAAGAUUGGCCAUCGCUCUCUGAUGAGGUACUACAAGCAGAGGUUUGGUCUUCAGAGGGCGUUGGUUCCGGCACAUAACCAAAAGGCUGUGGGUCGGGUUCUUAAACAGUACAGAGCGCUUGGCUGGGGGGGAGACUCUGGUAAGGGCUUCGUGAGCCAGCAGCAGAAGGACAUGCAGUACGUGCGGAGAAUGAAGUCCAGGUGGAUGCUAAAGAUGGGCAUGAACAAUAAUGCCAUCAAGCAGACACAUUUCAGAGCUCAAGUUAUGUUCUAAAUCACUUAAGGAAACAGUCAAGAACAGUUCAUAUGACUUUAUUAAGACUUGCAUAUGUAUGUGUGUUUAUGGAGUUUAUGAUUUGGCUCUAUAUAUUAAGAAAUGAUAUGCAAGUCUGACAAAAACACCUGACAGGUAUGUCUGCAUGUGAAAAACCGUCUAUGAAAUGUGUACUACAGAGAUAAAAUAUUGUAUAGCAAUAUUUCUAAAUCAUUAUUAUUAUUAUUUCUGAAUGACCUUAACAAUAAAAUUACCAAGAACUGC